UUUUUUUUUACAUGGUAAAAUAAUAAAAUUUAUAUUUUCUUUCUAUAUAUAAGGACCAAUAAUUCGUACGAGACCAUUCAGUGACUAAAAAAAAGCCCCAUGGAGUCCAUUAAUCCCUCUCACACAGCCACCAACGACAUCGAAGAAGUAAACGACGACUACACUCCUUUGCAGAGCCAUGCCGGCGCCGGGAACGGCGACACUCCGCCCAAUCACGGGAGAUCUAUAAAGGGGUUCGCCGUGAUAGUUGGGUCAAUAGUUUUUCUGGUGUCGUUGGUGGCAUUAAUUAACAUUGAUAACCAAACAGGAACGUUACAGCAAGAAUCCAGCUCAGCUACAACAAGAACAACAGUGGAAGAGGCCCAAAACGACAAGUCGUUUAAUAGGAGCCGUGAGAUUGAGAUGUCGUUUUGGAUGCCUCGAGGUGUGGCAGAAGGUGUUUCAGCUAAAUCAAAUCCGAACCCUUCUCUUUCCGACUUGGAAUUAUCUUACAACUGGACAAACGCUAUGUUUUCUUGGCAGAGAACGGCCUUCCAUUUUCAACCGGAGAAGAAUUGGAUGAAUGAUCCCAAUGGUCCACUGUAUUACAAAGGGUGGUAUCACCUGUUCUACCAAUACAACCCAGAAUCGGCAGUGUGGGGGAACAUAACAUGGGGACACGCAGUAUCGAGGGACCUAAUUCACUGGCUCUACCUUCCUUUUGCUAUGGUCCCGGACCACUGGUACGACGUCAAUGGAGUCUGGACUGGUUCAGCCACUUUUCUUCCCGACGGUCAGAUCGUUAUGCUCUACACUGGAUCCACCAACGAAUCCGUGCAGGUACAGAAUCUCGCCUACCCCGCCGACCUAUCUGAUCCCCUCCUCCUCAAAUGGGUCAAAUCCGACAAAAACCCCGUACUGGUCCCCCCACCCGGAAUCGGAGUCAAAGAUUUUCGUGACCCGACCACCGCUUGGAUCGGACCCGAUGGGAAAUGGAGGCUCACAAUGGGUUCAAAAGUCAAUACCACUGGGAUUUCUCUUAUGUACACGACGACUGAUUUUAUAAGUUAUGAGCUGUUGGAUCGGUAUUUGCAUGCGGUUCCGGGUACGGGUAUGUGGGAGUGUGUUGAUUUUUACCCGGUUUCAAUAAACGGUUCGAAUGGGUUGGAUACAUCGGUGAAUGGUCCUGGUGUUAAGCACGUGCUGAAAGCUAGUCUUGAUGAUACGAAAGUGGAUCACUACGCGAUUGGGACUUACUUUGUGGGGAAUGAUACUUGGAUACCCGAUAACCCGAAAGAGGAUGUGGGUAUCGGGUUGAAGCUGGAUUAUGGAAGAUAUUAUGCGUCAAAGACGUUUUAUGACCAGAAUAAGGAGAGAAGGAUCCUGUGGGGUUGGAUUAAUGAAACUGAUACUGAAACUGAUGAUCUGGCAAAAGGAUGGGCUUCUGUUCAGACAAUUCCAAGAAGUGUGUUGUUUGAUGCUAAGACCGGAACCAACUUGCUUCAAUGGCCAGUGGAAGAGAUUGAGAGCUUGAGACUAAGCAGUAGUGAGUUCACAGAUGUAGUGGUUGAGCCCGGCUCCGUUGUGCCACUUGAUAUAGGCUCCACCACACAGUUGGACAUAUUGGCGGAGUUCGAAGUAGAUUUAUGGGGUUUAGAAGAGGCCGCGGGUCACGCCAAUAAUGGGUGCGGUGGUGGUUCGGUGGAUAGGAGCACAUUUGGACCAUUUGGUGUUCUAGUUCUUGCCAACGACGCACUUUCAGAACUAACUCCCAUCUACUUUCACCCUAGUACCAAGACCAACACUUAUUUCUGCGCUGAUGAAACAAGGUCAUCCAAGGCAAAUGGUGUUUUUAAACAAGUUUACGGAAGCGAAGUUCCUGUUCUCGACGGUGAAAAAUUAUCUAUGAGAGUCUUGGUUGAUCAUUCAAUUGUGGAGAGCUUUGGACAAGGAGGAAGGAGAGUUAUAACAUCAAGGAUUUAUCCGACCGAAGCCAUCUACGGCGCAGCCAGGCUGUUUUUGUUCAACAACGCCACCGGAGUCACACUCAAGGCCACCCUUAAGAUUUGGCAACUCAACUCGGCUUUUCUUCACCCUUUUUCAUUGAACCAAACUCAUAACCACCAAUCAAAAUCAACUAUAUAAAACUAUCUUACCUAAUAUAUAAAAUGUCUAUUUAACUUUUUUUGUUGUGCACUUAACAGAAUAU